UUGGCUCGAGGGGAGGCGACGUGCUCAGGAUUUCAAACCCUCACAAGGAGAGUACAUUUCCGCUCCCUUUGCCAUGCUCCUUCCUGUGGUCCUCCUUGCAUUCAUGUGCCUUUGUGGCAAUGCUCAGUCCUCCAAUGCCACAUGUGCUGCCGGUGACUGCGAUGAGCCCGCUUUGGUGCAGAUGAGUCGAACCUCGAGCCAUGAGGAGCUCCAGGGCCGGCGCCGGCGCCGGCGCCGCCGCCGCAGCAGGCGGCGCCGCCGCUCCGACGACUCAUCCGACUCCAGGCGUCGCCGAUCCAGCUACACGGGGACCAUUCCCUACGUGUUACAGGCCUACUGUGGUGACAGCUGGUUGACAGAUUGCUCCGAUGUUCCCGAUGGAUGGCAGCAACACGUGGGGGCCUUUGAUCCGGACAUCACCACGGAACCACCGGAGGCGGAUGGAACGGCCUCGGACAACUACAUGACUUUCGGUGGUUCUGGGGUGGAAGGCACCCUUCCUAGUGCCAGCACGAUCGAGGGGUGGUUCGAUGACUCGAAUACGGCGAAUUUGGACUUUGACAUGGAAGGUUCUUUAGCCGGUGCAUUCUCCACGGUUGCUACUCUAACCGAGGAAAUCCAGACCAGUUAUCCUGAUGCCAAGGCCCAAGUUACGUGCUUGGUGAGUACUUAUGACUCGGCUGCGGAGUACAAGGAUACAUUUGACUACUUCGGCAUCAUGAUUCAUGGUGAUUCCAUGACAUCUGGAUCAUAUUCUAUCCCAGAAGAUGAUCCCACAAGCGGUGGCACCUGGCCAUACAUCAAGGAUUGGAUUGAUUCUGAUAUUGACAACAGCAAGAUAGUCUUGUCCUUGACCACAACGGGACUUGAGGGAUACAUGGUGGAUUGGUUCAAGCAGCUCAUUGCAGAAUAUGGUCUUGCAGGCAUGUCCUUCUGGUAUUGGGACCAGCUGGACGACUCGAUUUCAAUUACUUGUAUUGAGGAUCAGGGCACCCAGUGUGACACAUCGGACUCCUUCAAGUGCAGUGCGACCUGCAACGGAGGGAGCGCAGAUGGAUAUUGCUGCGAUACGGGUGACAUGACAAGUGUUGGGAACUGCUCCACUUUGGGACAGGAGGGCUGCUGUGGAGGGACCGACUCAACGACGUACUGCCAGCUAGUGAGUUAGGUUGGCUGCCUUGCGCACGUCGUUAGUUGGCGGAGCACUUGGGGUAGACCAGGAGCUCGGAUUUGAAGCGUCAUCCUCAAUAGUCUAAUGUAUAGACUAUAUAUUGAUAACUGCAUGUGCACGACAUGUCCAAACGAUUGAUGGAAGCUCAAAAAGAGCUCUUUUGACGAGAGAUGCAAGCUUUGAGAGCUGCAUGCUAAACACUCGUGCUCGUUUGGAGGAGU